AUGGGUUGGAUGGACACAAUCAACGGCAAGGUCGCCCGCAGUCCUGUGGGUCGAUGGUUCCGGCUGGAGGGCUCUGGUCAUCCCAAGGAACGAAAGGGAUCGCUGUUCUUCACCGAGAUCCGCGGCGGCAUGGCCACCUUCUUCGCCAUGGCCUACAUCCUCGCCGUCAACGCCUCCAUCGUCUCUGAUACCGGCGGAACCUGCGUCUGCAACGGAGGCCCGUCCGAUCCCACCUGCAACAACAACGACGAGUACGCCCUGUGUGUCCAGGCCAUCAAGCGCGACGCCGUCACUGCCACCGCCGCCAUCUCGGCCUUUGCCAGCUUCUUCAUGGGCCUCUUGGCCAACCUGCCCGUCGGCCUCGCUCCUGGAAUGGGUCUGAAUGCCUACUUCACUUACACCGUUGUUGGCUUCCACGGCACCGGCCCCGUUCCGUACCAGGUUGCCCUGACUGCCAUCUUCGUCGAGGGCUUCAUCUUCCUGGGCCUCGCCCUGUUCGGUAUGCGACAGUGGCUUGCGCGAGCGAUCCCGCACUCCAUCAAGCUGGCUACCGGUGUCGGCAUCGGUCUCUUCUUGACUCUCAUCGGCCUCACCUACAGCGAGGGUCUUGGAAUCAUCGUUGGCGCCACCGACACUCCCCUCGAGCUUGCCGGUUGCUCGCCCGCCAACCAGCUGGAAGACGGCACAUGCCCCAGCUGGGAUAAGAUGCGUCACCCGGCCAUGUGGAUUGGCAUCUUCUGCGGCGGCAUCCUGACCGUCCUCCUCAUGAUGUACCGCGUCAAGGGCGCCGUCAUUGCCGGCAUCAUCCUCGUCAGCAUCAUCUCCUGGCCCCGAACCACGCCCAUCACCUACUUCCCCCACACUCCCGUGGGCGACGACAGCUUCAACUUCUUCAAAAAGGUCGUCGACUUCCACCGCAUCGAGCACACCCUCAACGUGCAGCAGUGGGACGUUAGCGAGUACGGCGGCCAGUUUGGUCUUGCCCUCAUCACCUUCCUCUAUGUCGACAUCCUGGACUGCACUGGUACCCUCUAUGGUAUGGCUCGCUUUGCCAAUCUCAUCGAUCCCGUCACUCAGGAUUUCGAGGGCUCUGCUGUAGCCUACAUGGUCGACGCCAUUAGCAUUUCCAUCGGUGCUCUCUUCGGCCUUCCGCCCGUCACAGCUUUCGUCGAGUCUGGUGCCGGUAUUUCUGAAGGUGGCAAGACCGGUCUCACAUCCGUCGUCACCGGAAUCUGCUUCUUCAUCAGCAUCUUCUUCGCGCCCAUCUUCGCCUCCAUCCCUCCCUGGGCCACUGGCAGUGUCCUCAUCAUCGUCGGAUCCAUGAUGGCCACCUCCGUCACCGAGAUCAACUGGAGAUACAUGGGCGACGCCGUCCCCGCUUUCCUCGCUAUUGCCAUCAUGCCCUUCACAUACUCUAUUGCCUACGGCCUGAUUGCCGGUGUCAUGUCAUACAUUAUCAUCAACUCCACCGUCGGCCUCCUGAGGUACGUCUCUGGUGGCCGCAUCGUGCCCCCCAACCACGACGAAAAGGAGCCCUGGACUUGGCGCAUUCCUGGCGGCUUCUUCCCGCCUUGGCUUGUUCGUUUGUUCCAUGGCAAGAAGGACUUUUGGCGCGGCGAGGAGACGGAGCGAGAUGCCAACUCUGAGGAUCACGAUGCCACCGAUGUGAGCCGCACCACCGAGACCCCCGAGGUCAAGUUAUAG